CAUUGCAGUUUAUCGAAUAUUUCGAGCAACAUUUCAGUCUAGUAAACCUAAUCAGGAACUUAUCAACAUGGCAACUUUGGACCUUUCUAUGUUUCAAGAUGCAGCACCGUACCUUCGCAUGUCCCAGCAGGAAUUAUUGGAAUUGCAAACUCAAAAACCCGACGGUAAGAAAUACGCUUGGGUUCCCGCCGAGAAUGACAGUUAUUUGAGAGGAGAAGUUCUUUCAAUUGAAGGUGGAAAAUGCAAGCUAAAAUCUUUAGACGGCGAAAAGGAAGUCACAUUGAAAGAAGAAGACCUUCAGCAAAUGAAUCCCCCUCGGUACAACAAAUGCGAAGACAUGGUUAACAUGACCCAUCUCAAUGAAGCUUCUGUACUGAAUAACUUGAAAGAUCGUUAUGAAGCAUUCAUGAUUUACACGUACUCCGGUCUUUUCUGCGUCACUGUCAACCCGUACAAGAUGUUGCCAGUGUACGCACCCUACGUCAUCCAAGCCUACAAAGGAAAGAGGCGAACUGAAAUGCCUCCUCACUUGUACUCUAUUGCUGACAAUGCAUACACCGAAAUGUUGAUGAAUCGCGAGAAUCAGUCUAUGUUGAUCACUGGUGAAUCUGGUGCAGGAAAGACUGUCAAUACCAAGAAAGUCAUCCAAUACUUUGCUUUGGUUGCUGCUACUGCAGAGUCCAUGAACCAGAAUAGUGAUAAGGGCACUCUCGAAGAUCAAAUUGUUCAAUGUAACCCCGCUAUGGAAGCUUUCGGUAACGCCAAAACAGUAAGAAACGACAACUCAUCCAGAUUCGGUAAAUUCAUUCGAAUUCAUUUUGGAAGCAGUGGAAGUUUGGCCUCGGCUGAUAUUGAGCAUUACCUGCUCGAAAAAUCCCGUGUCAUCUGGCAACAAGGUGGCGAACGUAAUUACCAUAUUUUCUACCAAAUCAUCUCCGGAUCAAAACCAGAACUUUUAGACCAACUUCUAGUGACAAAAGACCCAUACGAUUACAAGAGUAUCAGCCAGGGUGUGGUAAAAGUUGACAACUUGGAUGACGGCGAAGAACUUUUGUUGACCGAUGAAGCUUUCAAGAUUCUUGGUUUCACUCCCGAAGAAAUUAGCGGUAUUUACCGAUUGAUGGCUGGUAUUAUGCACCAACAAAACAUGAAAUUUAAGAACAAACAACGCGAAGAACAAGCUGAAGCCGAUGGAACCGAAGAUGCUGAUAAGGUCGCUUAUCUUUUCGGUCUCAACUCUGCCGACCUAUUGAAAUAUCUCUGCCACCCACGCGUCAAAGUUGGAAACGAAUACGUCACCAAAGGACAAACCUGUCCACAGGUCGCCCAUUCCAUUGGUGGUCUCAGCAAAGGAAUUUUCGAGAAGCAUUUCAACUGGUUGGUCAAGAUUAUCAACAACAGUCUGAGCACAAAGCUGCCAAGAAGUUAUUUCAUUGGUGUCCUUGAUAUUGCCGGUUUUGAAAUUUUCGAGUUCAACAGUUUUGAACAACUCUGCAUCAACUUUACCAACGAAAAAUUGCAACAAUUUUUCAACCAUCACAUGUUUGUUCUUGAGCAAGAAGAAUACAAGAAGGAAGGAAUUGAUUGGGUUUUCAUUGAUUUCGGAAUGGACUUGGCCGCUUGUAUUGAACUGAUUGAAAAGCCACUUGGUAUUAUGUCCAUCCUUGAAGAAGAAUGCAUGUUCCCCAAAGCUACUGAUCAAUCCUUCUGUGAAAAACUUUACCAAAACCAUUUGGGAAAGACGAAAAGCUUCGGCAAACCCGUAAAGAAAGGAAAGUUCGAGUCACAUUUUGAACUUCAUCACUACGCCGGAACGGUCGGAUACAGUAUUACUGACUGGCUUGAAAAGAACAAGGAACCUUUGAACGCCAGUGUAGUCGAGCUUUACAAGAAAUCUUCACUUAAACUUAUGCAAACGAUUUGGGAAGGAUAUGCUGGACCUGAGGAUUCCAAAUCAAGCGGAGGGGGGAAGAGAAAGAAGGGAGGUUCCUUCAACACUGUGUCCUCUAUGCACAGAGAAAGUUUAAACAAACUAAUGACCAACUUGAGAUCUACAGCCCCACAUUUCGUUCGUUGUAUCGUUCCCAACGACACUAAAACUCCGGGUGUUAUGGAACCUCACAUUGUUCUUCAUCAACUCCGCUGCAACGGUGUGUUGGAAGGUAUUCGUAUCUGUCGCAAAGGUUUCCCCAACAGACUGCCAUAUGGAGAUUUCAAGCAACGCUACCGUAUCCUAAAUUCUGAAGCAGUCCCAGAGGGUGCUUUUAUGGACAACAAGAAAGCUUCCGAAAAGAUUUUGAGCUCUCUGGAUAUCGACCACACUCAAUACAAAUUAGGUCACACCAAGGUCUUCUUCCGUGCUGGUAUGUUGGGUGUAUUGGAAGAACUAAGAGACAACAAACUGUCGUCUAUCUUCAAGCUUAUCCAGGCUCGUUUCCGAUCUAAAAUUAUGAGAGAACAUUACCAGAAACUCAUUGAAUCAAGAGUUGCCAUCCGUUGUCUGCAGUCCAACUUGAGAGCUUUCUUCAGUGUAAGAGAUUGGGACUGGAUGAAGCUUAUGUACAAGAUCAAGCCUUUGUUGGCAACUGCUGAAGCAGCUAAAGAAAUGGAACAACUUGAAGAAGAAAAUGAGGAAUUGAAAGCUUCGCUUGAAAAAGAAACAAAGAGAAGAAAGGAGUUGGAAGAAUCACAAGUUUCUCUCGUUCAAGAGAAAAAUGAUUUGUUACUGCAACUGAGAGCAGAACAAGAUAGCAUUGAAGACGCAGAAGAUAGAUGCGACCAAUUGAUCAGAGCUAAAGUGGAAUUGGACGGAAAGAUCAAAGAAAUGACAGAACGUUUAGAAGACGAAGAAGAAAUGAACAAUGAUCUUGUAUCUAAAAAGAGAAAAUUAGAAGACGAAUGCUCAGAAUUAAAGAAAGAUAUUGAUGACAUUGAACUUACUUUAGCUAAAGUAGAGAAAGAGAAACACGCCACUGAGAAUAAGCUUAAAAAUGUACAAGAAGAACUCGCAAGUAUGGACGAAACAAUUGCAAGAUUGCAAAAAGAAAAGAAAGCUUUGCAAGAGGGCCAUCAACAAACUCUCGAUGAUCUUCAAUCAGAGGAAGAUAAAGUUAACAGUUUGUCGAAACAAAAGAACAAAUUGGAGCUUCAAAUCGAUGACUUGGAAGCUACACUUGAAACCGAGAAGAAACAGCGUAUGGAUUUGGAAAGAACUAAAAGAAAACUUGAAGGAGAUUUGAGAAUGACACAAGAAAGUGUUAUGGAUCUUGAAAACGAGAAACAAAGAUUGGACGAAAAAAUCAAAAAACAGGAAUUUGAGUUUGGACAAAUUUCAACCAGACUUGAAGACGAGCAAGCUCUUGUACUCCAGUUACAAAAGAAAAUUAAAGAAAGCAUUGCUCGUAAUGAAGAAAUUCAAGAAGAACUUGAAACUGAAAAAUCCAUUCGUGCUAAAGUUGAAAAACAGAAAGCUGAUCUUCAACGUGAACUUGAAGAGCUCAGUGAGCGAUUGGAAGAAGCUGGCGGGGCAACUGCAGCACAGAUUGAAGUUAACAAGAGAAGAGAGGCUGAUUAUGCCAAGCUUCGACGAGACUUAGAAGAAUCCAACUUGACUCACGAAGCAACAGUCUGUAUGUUGAGAAAGAAACAUGCCGACUCAUCCGCCGAUAUGAGUGAACAGAUUGACAACUUGCAAAGAACCAAACAGAAAAUGGAAAAAGAGAGAAGCGAAUUGAAGAUGGAAAAUGAUGAUUUAGCCGCCAAUGUGGAAAGUGUAACUAAGGCUAAGAUCAAUUAUGAGAAAAUGGCUCGCACCCUUGAAGAACAGCUUGGGGAAGCCAAAUCAAAGAAUGACAGUUUCGUGAAGGAAGUUAACGAAUUGAAUGCAACAAAAGCUAAACUUACUUCGGAAAAUGGCGAAAUUUCCCGAUUGUUGGAAGAACGUGAAAACUUGGUUGCUCAAUUAACACGAACAAAGAACAGCGCAAACCAACAAAACGAUGACUUGAAAAAGAUGUUAGAAGAGGAGACCAAAGCAAAAGCAGCUCUUGCUCACGCAGUUCAAGCUUCCCGACACGACAACGAUCUUCUCCGUGAACAAUAUGAAGAAGAACAAGAAAUUAAGGCUGAAUUUCAACGUUCUUUGUCCAAGGCAAAUGCCGAGAUCGCACAAUGGAGAAACAAAUAUGAGACCGACGCUAUUCAAAGAACAGAAGAAUUGGAGGAAGCAAAGAAAAAGCUUGCCACCAGACUUCAAGAAGCUGAGGAGCAAGUUGAAACAUACCAAGCUAAAUGCUCAAGCUUAGAAAAGAACAAGAGCCGAAUGCAAAUGGAUAUGGAAGAGAUUACCAUCGAAUUAGAAAAAAUGACGUCACUCGCUAAUUCUCUCGAAAAGAAACAAAAGAACAUCGACAAGACUAUUGUUGAGUACAAAAACAGAGAAGAAGAAGUAAGAUCUGAGUUAGAAACUGCACAAAAAGAAACAAGAAGUUUGUCAACUGAAUUGUUCAAAACAAAGAAUGCUUAUGAGGAAGCUUUGGAUGCAUUGGAAACAGUCAAAAGAGAGAACAAGAAUCUUCAAGAUGAAAUCCUUGACCUCACUGACCAGCUUGGUGAGGAAGGCAAAAACUUUCACGAACUUGAAAAAUCGAAGAGAACUUUGGAGCAAGAAAAAGUACAACUUGUGGCUGCUCUUGACGAAGCUGAGAGUGCUUUGGAAGGCGAAGAAGCAAAGGUUAUGCGAUUCCAGUUGGAAAUAGCACAAAUGAAACAAGACUCUGAAAGAAAAGUCAUCGAAAAAGAAGAGGAAAUUGAUAAUCAAAGACGCAAUCACCAACGAUCACUUGAAUCAAUGCAAACAACUCUACAAGCUGAAAGUAAAGCCAGACAAGAAGCUUACAGAAUCAAGAAGAAAUUGGAAGGAGAUUUGAACGAUAUGCAAGUUAAACUUGCCCACUCUAACAAACAAACAGGCGAAGUGACUAAAGCUUGCAAACAAGCACAACAUCAAAUUAAGGAAUUCGAGUUGCAAGUUGAAGAUAGCAAGAGAGAAAAUGAAGAUCUGCAAGAACAACUCGCAGCUUGUGAUAGAAGGGAAACUAUGUACAGUAGCGAAAUUAAUGAACUCCGAGUUGGAUUGGAUCAAGCUGAAAGAAGCAGAAAAGUUGCUGAAACUGAACUCCUUGAAUGCAGUGAGCGAUCGAACCUUCUUCACGCACAAAAUACUGCAUUGGUCAAUCAAAAAAGAAAAGUUGAAAGUGCACUUCACAACGUUAACGGAGAAAUCGAAGAACUAGUACAAGAAAAACUAGCUGCCGAAGAGAAAGCAAAGAGAGCGGUUGUCGAUGCUGCAACCAUGGCUGAAGAACUCAAGAAGGAACAAGAUCUUGCAUCUCAUUUGGAGAGAAUCAAGAAAAACAAUGAACAAGUAAUCAGAGAUAUGCAACAAAGAUUAGAUGCUGCUGAGGAAGUUGCACUCAAGGGAGGAAAGAAACAAGUCCAGAAAUAUGAAAACAGAGUGAGACUUCUCGAGCACGAACUUGAUGCUGAGCAACUUCGUCAUGCUGAAGCACUGAAACAACAGAAGAGAAUGGAACGUAAAUUGAAGGAAGUUGUUUACCAAGCUGAGGAAGACAAGAAGAACUUGUUCCAUAUGCAAGAAAUUGUUGAGAAACUUCAAUCUAAAGUGAAAGCAUACAAGAGACAAGCUGAAGUUGCGGAAGAAGAAGCGAAUACAAACUUGAACAAAUACCGAAAGGUACAACAUGAUCUUGAUGAUGCAGAAGAGCGCGCUGAUAUGGCUGAAUCGGCUCUCAAUAAACUGAGACCCAUGGCACAAAAAGGAUGUAACAAGGGAAUGGAUUUUCUGGAUGAAUAAGCAGAACCUGUUGCCGAAAUAUACAACAGAAGUUCAACAUCAACAAAUUUAAAUUUUGAAUUGAUCAUAACAAUGUUCAUUGUGUUUUCACGACGCUUUGAUUGUAAUUUUUAUUUAACAUAUCUUGUAGAUUUUUAGAUGAGUUCAAUUUUAUCUUUACCUGGUUGUUUUACAUCGCUCUCUUAUACGCCAUAACAUCUUUGCUGUAGUUUUUCUUUUUCUCCGUAACUUUUAAUAAACAUUUUAUUGUAUUACUCAUUAGACCUUCGAGUCUGACUGAUUCUUUUCAUAAUCCAAUUUAAUAUAUAUAUUCAUAUUUGAUAUAGGUUCAUAAAAUAAUUAUGGAUUCAUAUUUACUCUCAUUUUUUAUUUUAUUUAUUCCGUUCAUUUAUGUACCCUGUGCUCUCGAUACGAUAUGUAGCGGCAUUUUCGUGGCCUUACUUUUAAUUUUUUUUUGUCUUUCCUGAUUUCUUCGCAGUUUAUUAUUAUUAUUAUAUUGUAUAAUAAUAAUAAAAUUUUAACAUGAAUA